AUGGUGAAUCAGCAGAGGAACAGCGGAGGCCUACUUACUGACAGGACAUCUCCUUCAGCAUCGUCUUCUUUACCAUCUCUUCCUGCCUGCAAUAUUAAUAAUAUCCGGCAGUCGACAUCGACAUCGACAUCUACGUCGUCACCACCCAGACGCAGAACAAUACACGUCUUCCAAGGUCAAGGUCAAGGUCAAAAUCAAGGUCAAGAUCGAGGUGCAGCCAGAGGUGCAGGCACGGGUGCCGGUUCCGACAACACGCCCGACAACACGUCCCAAAAUCCCCAAAGACCAUCUGCCGGACGAAGGAAAUCCAACCCAAACAACAUCGUCCUUAAAUUCCCCCGGUUCGCUCCCAGGGCUACUGCAAAACGUCUAUUCCAGCAGAUCGUAUCUUCUACUCCCUUUUCAACCUCUCAGCCCGUAGAUAUCAGACCAUCCCCGCCUUCUCCUCCAGAGGCUGCUAUUUCCCCUCCUCAGUAUUUUCCCACCAUUGCUGCCUCCUCCACAACACAAAGACCCACCACUACUACCGCCUCUCGUAAUAGUAACCCACCUGCUUCGGCAGUGAAUACCGGAAGGAUGUCUCCUCCAACAAUGGUAGCUUUAGGCGGCGGAAGCACUGGCCGCGUGGUUGCGAUUGGUGGCGGGAACACGGGAAUUCCAUCUCAUCAACAUGCUUUACUAGGACAAUCACCUAGGAGUAGUGGCACAUCACUAGCCACUCGUCAUGGCAGAUCGGGAAGCGUGGGUUCCACGAUAUCGUGUCCUGGCGAGAAGCCUCUUGCUAGCACGAGCGGCGGUCAGGUGACUCUCGAUAUCCGACUUGCAGAACCCUAUUUGUUUUUACAAGGUUACGAUUCGCAUCAUCAGCAUACUGUCGGUGGACCGGCGUUGCUGAGAGGAACGUUGGUCGUAAAAGUUGCAAAAGCUGCGAAAUUUAAGUCUAUAACUUUGACUUUUAAGGGUCGUGCUAGGACGGAUUGGCCUGAAGGUAUUCCACCAUCGAAGACGGCCUUCUAUGAAGAGAAGGAGAUCAUGACACACCACUGGCCUUUCUUCAACGCCCAAUUCGCUACUGCCGAGACUACAUAUGGAGCCGAUGCUACGAGACUACUUCCUCCUGAGCCGGACCAUAGGCCGUCUCGUUCCCUUAGCGGAACACCUGGAACCAGUGCUAUUGGGUCUUUGGCUAGAACGUCUUCCCCGAUCGGGAUCUCAGCCGCAUCUGCUACCCUUGCAAACGCCACCCUUGUGAACGACAAAAGACUUUCCUUGCAGUUGAAUCAGCGGGGUAGUUUUGGUAGGAGUGAAUCUCCGGGUCGUUCCGUUGCCUCCAAGGGAUACAAGUUAUUCCAGCCCGGUGAAUACACCUAUAAUUUCGAGCUUCCGAUCGAAAAUAUUCUUCCAGAAACAAUUCAGUGCGAGUUAGGAACUGUCAAGUAUGAACUUGAAGCUACAAUUGAGCGAGCUGGUGCUUUCCGGCCCAAUCUAGUGGGAAAGAAGGAUGUCGUAUUGAUUCGAUGCCCUGCCGAUACGAGCUUGGAACAGGUUGAACCGAUUGCUAUCAGCCGUAAUUGGGAGGAUCAACUUCACUACGAUAUUGUGAUUUCUGGGAAAUCAUUCCCGAUGGGGUCGCAAAUCCCGAUUGCCUUCAAGCUAACACCACUGGCCAAAGUUCGCUGUCACAGGAUCAAAAUAUAUGUCACUGAGAAUACUGAAUAUUUCUGUCGAAACAAGAAAGUCCAUCGUAUUGAACCUACUAGGAAAAUACAGAUUUACGAGAAGAGGGCAGACGGUGCUGUCCAUGCUUCCUACCCUGGUUCGUCGGUCCGCGUGACAGCCGGUGGCCGUCAUGGAGAUCCGGAUAACCCGGAUUCCGAAUUGGGACCCGAUCAGAGACUCGGAGACAACUUGCUUGGUGACUUGGAGGGAGAUUUGAUUGGGCCUACGGAAAUGGAAUUCAAUGUUCGACUUCCAGGGUGUGGCGCGAAGGAGGGUAAGAUCCACUUUGACACGACGUAUAAAAAUAUUCAAGUCCAUCAUUGGAUCAAGAUUGUGAUGAGACUGAGCAAAGUUGAUCCUAAUGACUCUGGCAAGAGACGUCACUUCGAAAUCUCAAUCGACUCCCCCUUCCACAUUCUAUCAUGCAAAUGCUCGCACGCCAAUAUCUCGCUGCCAGCAUACUCAGAUCGUGACAACACUUCACCACCCACCAAUUCUUGCAAUUGUCCUGGCUCUAGUUCAGGACGAAAUACUCCUUUGCCAUUCGGAAACAUGGAAACUGCCCUCCCCGAUACUGCACCGGAUGGUACAGCUCGGCCGAUGCAUCUUCUACGUGCUCCGUCUUUUAACCCGCCUGCGUUCGAUGAUGAUAUCGCGCCACCGCCAUUGGCUACACCGCCUCCACACUACGAUACUGUGGGAAGUGGCCUAGCUGACUACUUCGCUCGUCUCGCUGACCAAACUGCAGAGGAUGACGACACAGAGGAGGACGAUAGCCCCAGUGAGAAUCUUGAAGUUACAUCGCCUACUCGUCUUGCUCGAAGCUUAGAUGAGCGUAGGACUUGGGUGCCAGCUGCAUAG